AUUUCAUAUAUUACAUGUGUUACAUAAAAAAAAUUAAAGUACUUCGAUGAAAUUAGAUUGUUUGUGGAGGAUAUACCAGUCGAGGCUAUAGCCGACGAAACAAAAUUGCGAACUCACGAAUGCAGAACGAGACGGCGAAAAUGUUCCGAAGUAAAUCAUUUAUUUCUAUUCAUUUUACUAGCUACAUAUUGAUGAAAAAUGAGUAUUGACAGUCUGUAGAUAUAUGGGUAGCGGAUAUAGAAAUCUGGUUGGAAUACAUGAUAGACGAUAAGGAUGAGAGGUGCGUGAUUUUUAUCGAAUCAACUUAUUUGUAUAUGAUUUGUAUGAUUUGUUGAUGAAUUUAUAUGAAAUUUAUUAUUAAUCGUAGGACUGAAGAUAUAAUGAAACGCGUCACUGAAUCGCCACGAGAUUUCCGACCUAUUGAUCGAGGAUAUUUUGAAACAAUAGAGGAAGAAGAAUGGGAACAAGUAGAAGAAGAGGGAGAAGAGUUUAGAUAUUGUACCUCUUAUCAAUUAAUCCCAGAAGAAUUGUUUUCUCAUCACGAUCUCGUGAACCUGCGGCAGUUCGAGCCACUGUGGCAGGAAAAGGUGAUAACCGUGGGCAUCAUUAGACCCUCGAGGCUCGUAAUUCACUAACAAUUAAUGUAAAUAAUUCAACAAUAGCAAGCAUUAACAUUAACUACUACGUAAUAGGACUUUGUUUAUUGGUAUCGAAGAAACUCAUGUUUUAACGUUGAAGAAUCUCACUGACGUUUCUAUGCAUUUCUCUUGGGGCAACAUUGACGGUUUAGAUACAUCGAAAAUUAAAUGUUGCGUGUGUCCAGAACACGGAGAAGUGCCGGCGAAUAACGUCAAAGAAGUGGAAAUAACUUUCACACCAUUAAAAGAGGGGAUCGUACAAUCGUUCUUCGUACCAUGUUUCGUCGAUGGUACGCGAAAAAUGAUAAUGCUAGGAAUUGAAUGCUCUAUUGAACCUCUUUAUGUUACUUUCUAUUUCCCAACAACGGACGACGAUUUUCAACUAAGAAACAAUUUCGUUCGCGUCGAGUGGCGAGUAGACAGCAUCAAACUUGCUCUAAAUAUGGCAGGAAAGUCAAGAAAAUAUAUGAAAAUAUUGGACAAGUAUAAAAGUCAAGAGGAACGAGAAUUAAUGACCACGAAUUUAGAUGAAGGAGCAGUUCUUAGAGAUGCUUCAGCCGGUCCUUCGAUGCAAGGAGUGGACGAAGCAGAAUUGGCUGAGCAUUCUUCGGCGAGCAUUCGUACUUCAGAAGUCAUACAAAUGAGUAAUUUGACGGGAAACGACAACUAUUCGCUUUCUCCGUUCUACGACACAUUUUUACCCGCACCAACGCAACCUGUCGUGAUAGAGUUUCUAAAUUUGCCAUUGAAUACAGUAAAGAAGAAAACUUUCAUAAUAAAAAACGAGACUUCAAUUCCAAGCGAGUACUUGCUACAUAUAAAAAAUAAUUAUCCCAUCAAAUGCACGUGCGAAUGGAAGAAUCAGAAAGAUCGGAUCAGGAGUAUUUACAAACGAACCUUUGGUCGAGACAAGAAACUAAUUGAAGAGGCAUUGUUCAAAAUGAAGCAACAUGGCUCGGGUAUUGUAAUUUACGUGGACCCGUUGCACUCUGAUCUGGAGCAAUUUAAAGCUAUCCCGAUCGACAUUUACGUGUUUGCCGAUACCUGGGGUAUUUACGUGGACGAAAUAGAGAUAAAUAUUACUGGUUUGCCUCAAUAUACUAUAGGGAUAUGCGUGCAAGUCGUUGGAUCGCCGAUUUCGUUAUCGAUUUCUGAUAGGAACGAAUUGAAUAUACCUGUUGUCAAGUAUGGAACUGAAUCUGUGGGUAUUCGGUUGCCCGAUAGACAAAUUCAAAUUAAGAACACAAGCGUGAUUCCUAUAGUCAUCGACUGGCAUACAUUUAUAGUAAAACCAGUAAUACAGGAAAUGCCUUUUAACAUCGCGUUUAAUGUCCUUACCCCAUUUACCGACAAAUUAUCAAUGAAAUUGAGGACCCAAUCGAAGACAGAUAGCGAAGUACAUAUGGAGAAACACAAGUAUUCUCCGUUAAAGAAAAACCUGCACGCGUGCAAUUCUACAUUCAGAAGCGACACGGAUUUUGUAACAACUACCCAAGUAGACUCUUCUCUUAUGGCUUUGUCCACGUGGUCAUUUACCGAUAAUACAAGUGAUAGUUGUGUAGAACAUCUUGAGAGCACUCUCAGUUGUACAGAAGAAGAAACGUUUGCAAUCUCAGAUGCGACUGCUAUGGAUCAGACGAAGCAAAUGGAAUUAAGAAUCUCUUUACUACCUUUUUACGGUUCGAUCGAUACGAAAAUCUGUAAAGUUACUCCCAGAGAAAUGUUCAUCCUACCUAAAGCAAGUGCUUCUUUAGAAAUUAGAGUACGACUCGAUAAAUAUAGGAUCAUGCACGAUAUAAAAGAGCCUAUCGAAGGAGAGUUUCUUUGCAAGCUACUUGGAUUCGUACGAAUCGCACCGAGCGAUAUGUACAAAGAUAAUAAUUACGCCAGGCAGGCUGGUGACUAUUUACCACCCAUAGAAAUUGACGUUACAGCCAAUAUCGUUGCACCCAAAUUAGAUUUUUAUCUGUCUAGAGAAGACAGAACGUUUACAUGCUGUGCCUCAGAUGUGAUGCAAAGUAGAAAGAAAAUAUUGAGAAUGACCAAAACGUUCUUUUUGUACAAUACGACCAAUAAGAUGAUAGACAUAUCUUUAGAAACAUGUGACCCGUUUCAAGUAAAAUCUGUAUUCCUUUACGCAGAUACAAAUCCUUGCAGAUCUGGGACUAUGUGUGUAAAUGGUCACGGAUGUGCUGAAGUAGAGAUAGUAUGUAAAGUGGGAGCAAGAUUAAUUCAUAACGUAAUGCUGACGAGUAGUACUCAGGACUUACAAGAUUCAAAAAUUACAUUGACGGAAGUAUUACAUAUUAUACAUUCAGACAAAAAGCAUCAGGAUGUGGAUUUAGUACUGCAAAUAAUAUUGCCAGCUCUAAAGCUAUCAUCGUAUACAUUAGAUUUUGGCCUUGUCUACAUAGGCGAUGCAAAGGACCUGGCGUUGACCGUCGAAAACCGAUCAGCAAAUAGAGUAAACAUCAAAGUAAAUAAAAAGUGGAAGAACAAGGAUUUUAUGAUUGAUCAGAGAAAGAUGAUGUUAUCGGGUGUUCAAGAUAUGUUUCGUACAAUUACAGUUUCGUUUCAACCAAAAAAACAAGGACAAUCUGUAGAAGCUUUAGAAAUAACUACAGAUAUCCCUUACAUCGCGGAAGAAUGUCAACUUUAUGGUGAGGGAACAUUAGAUGAAAAGUAUCAUACCCCAGGAGUAUAAAUUAUAAAUAUACGUUGUAAGAAUUGUUUGAUACAAUAAAACUAUGAAACUAAAAGUAGUAAGCAUUAUUAUACCCCGUCGAAUCAUAUAUAUAAAUACACAGAAUAAAAAGUUGUACAUAAAUGUUCAUCAUACCGGUAAUAUUAUUCCAGGAUGUUAGGUAGGAUGCAAUACGACAGGAAAAUCAGGAAAUUGGCUCAAAACAUACAUCACUUCCAAUCGUAAGUC